CGGCCCUUCCUGUGCGAGAGAACGGAAGCGGAAUCGCCGCCAUCUCCUGCUAGCGAGCAGCUCCAGGUUUUCGAUUCUCCCUGGCUCGUGUGGGCCCUGAUGUGGCCGUGCGGAGGUUUGGAGCAGUGGACAGGCUAAAGACUGACCCGAGCACCCACACAGAGAGAGAGAGAGAGAGAGAGAGAGAGAGAGAGCGCGAGAGAGACGUCCAGAUUUCACAGGAACGUGAUAGCUGCCCUGUUGCCAUGUCGACCUCAUCGCUAAGACGACAAGUGAAGAACAUUGUUCACAAUUACUCGGAGGCAGAGAUAAAGGUCAGGGAAGCAACCUCCAAUGACCCCUGGGGUCCCUCCAGUUCUCUGAUGUCAGAGAUUGCGGACCUGACGUAUAACGUAGUGGCCUUCUCAGAGAUCAUGAGCAUGGUGUGGAAAAGACUCAACGACCAUGGCAAGAACUGGAGGCACGUGUAUAAGGCUAUGACUCUUAUGGAGUAUCUGAUAAAGACGGGUUCAGAAAGAGUGGCACAGCAGUGCAGGGAAAACAUCUAUGCUGUCCAGACACUCAAAGACUUCCAGUAUAUAGACAGAGAUGGCAAAGACCAGGGCGUGAAUGUACGAGAGAAAGCCAAGCAGCUGGUGACUCUUCUGAAAGACGAGGAGAGGCUACGGGAAGAGAGGAUCCACGCACUCAAGACCAAAGAGAAGAUGGCACAGACGUCCAGUGCGUCUUCGGCUCCCUCGGCUCCUGGUUUAGGAGGAAUCCACUCGGGCACGGAAGCAGACCAGGCGUGGCCUCAGAGCUCCGGGGAGGAGGACCUGCAGCUACAACUGGCAUUGGCCAUGAGCAAAGAGGAGGCGGAGCAGCCCCAUUUCCAAAAAAGUUGGGAUGCUGUUCAAAAGACUAGCGCUGACCCUCUGGAGGACGCUGAACUCCGCUACGCGCUCUCACUCAGCAAGGAGGCUCAUCAAGAGGAGGAGCGUCUGCGCAGGGGAGACGACCUGAGGCUGCAGAUGGCCAUCGAAGAGAGCAAGAGGGAGAAAACCAAGCCUGAAGAGUCCGCUUUAAUGGAGUUGAGUGCAGCCGACCCAUGGGGAGCUCCAGCGGCCCCCAGCUCCUCAGGCCCCUCUCCGCCUCCCUCCGUCACUCCUGCUCCAGCCGCCGGCCCCUGGGGCCCCACUGACCCCUGGGGGGCCGCUUCCCCUGCCUCUCCCCCCAGUGCGGACCCGUGGGGUGAGGGGCCACCCACGAUAGCACCACCUCCAGAUCCAUGGGGUGAAUCCUCCUCCUCCAGAGCAAACUCAGACCCCUGGGCCUCCACAGCUGUGACCCCCCCCAGUGCGGACCCCUGGGCCCCCUCAGUGGCCGCAGCCCCCACCUCACUCUCAGGGUCGUCUGACCCCUGGGCUGGAGAUGGGGUGGCCCCUGCCACUGAUGCCCUGACCUCUGACCCCUGGAGUGGCCCCCUUAAACACACUAACGGCACAGGAGAUCCAGAGAGGAGAGGCUCCGCGGCAGCGGGCGGUGACGCAAGUGGAGGAGGCAGUACGGGCUCUCCGGUACCCUUCGACCUCUCGGCGCUCGGCACGUCCCUGCCCAUUCGGAAAACGCCGGAGUCGUUCCUGGGGCCCAAUGCAGCGCUGGUUGAUCUAGACUCACUAGUAUCGUCAAAACCUAAACCCAAACAGACCCCACCCACCAUGGCCUCUUCUCACAACCCUUUCCUACAGACACAGGGCUCCUCCCCUGCACCAGGUAUGGCAGUUACUCCAGGCAGCACCAUUUCCAGCAGAGGGGUCUCCCCAACGCCACCUCCGACUUCUAACCCCUUCGGCGUCACCCCGAUGGCCUCCAUCUCUCCUCAGCCCUCCACGCUCGGCCUGAGCCAGCUACGCACUAGCCCUGUCCCUCCAAACCCUAUGCUCGGCCACAUGCCUCCACCAACGCUGGGAAUGGUUCAGCCGGGGAUGGCCAUGCCAGCAAUGGGAGUGCCUAUGGCAGCGCCCAGCAUGGGCAUGGGAAUGGUACAGUCCAGCCCAAUGGGAAUGCCUUUCAGCGGGAUUUCUCCCAUGGUCCCAGCCGGGAACUCCCUAAUGAUGGGCUCGGCGGGCGCUCCCCAGCCCGCGCUGGUUUUGGGCGGCCCAUCAGGAGUAGGCGGAGUGAUGGGUACCGGAGGGUCGGUGGGAGGGGGCGGAACUACAGGCGCAAGCACCAAUCCUUUUCUUCUUUGAGAGAUUUCACCACUCCCACACAAUCCCCUCCCACGCCCCCCCACCACACACACUUUUGACCUUUUUACCACGUUGACCUGCCCUGAACACGGUUUGUGUUGAAAAGAAAACGUGUGUGCAUCACUCUAUUUAAAAGAAAGAAAAAUGUUUUCGUUCACGACAAAGCAUUUCACAUCUCUCUCUCUUUUUUUUUUUUUUUCUUCAUUUCAUUUCAUUUUGCUUUACAGAGAAAAUGAGUAUUAGCGAGAGAAGCAAAGGUCUAUUUAUUUCACUUUAGAUUUUCGGGUGGGGGGAGGAGACUGACGGAUGAAUGAGGAGGGUCAUUCAGUGAAUGAAGUCAGAAUGAUUAUCAUUAUUAUUAUUAUAAUUAUUGUUGCACCAAAAUCGAAGGAUAGGCAAAGUGAGAAUGAUGAGAAGGUGGGGGAGGGAAAUUAGCCACUAAUGAUGAACUGAUAUAAUCGAAUCGCCUCCCUUCCUCAAGUGGAGAGGAAGAAAAAGCGGCCCUUUUUGAAGGAGCGGUGUGCAUGAAGGAGCGCUUCAAACUCCCACUGACCAGACUGGAACAGCUCCCCUUUGCAUUUCAGCCACUUCCAACCGCUGUAUUACUUUUAAUUUAAUUCAAUGUGUAAUUUUCUUUUGUAAUUUAUUGUUAUCGUUUUCUUUUCUGACUCCUGGGAACAAAAUAACCCGAGGAAAAUCACGCCGAGAUACAGCCGUGGAACGAGACGCCCGCUUUAGUGAACGUUGCGCUGCAACGUUUCGGCGCAGAUUUCCACAAAACGCACUUCUGAGUUGCUACAGAAAAGAUGGGAGGUGCUCAGUCUUUCCGUGUCCCACCGCUGUGCUUAACACACACAACCUCAUCUGCCGGGGGGGUUUGUAUCUGCAUUACAGUGACACUUUCUCAGUGCUUGUUAAUGGGAACUGCACUUAGUGUUGUAACUUUUCUUUUUUUCCAUUUUCUUUUACAGUUUUUAUCGUGUGACUCGAAGCAUUAGUUCGUCACAUGGGACACGAGAUUUCGUCCUCACGUUUCACUACCCGCCACUUCUUUCUCCCCUUCUAACAUUUCAGAAAAAUGGGUGGUUGAACUUCAAAUGCUUCUUAAAAAAAAAACAAAAAACCAUGAGACCUGAAUGAAUAUUUAAAAUCCAGUGAUGAAAUAAUUGGGGACUGAAUAACAUAAUUCACGCUGUUAUUCUUAAUUUAGUUUUGAUGAAUUAUUUUAUAUAUGAAGAUAUUUCUCUUAUAUAUCGGGUGAGCUCAAAAAAAAAUUGGUGUUGACUGUGAACGUUCGCAUUUGGAAAAAAAAUGGAGGAAAAAAUCAAAAGAGAUUUAUGAAAUAAACGGAAAAAAAAUCA